CUGCAGUUUGAACGCAGCCAUGGCGGCCGGCGCGGAGGCGGCGGUGCUGCCCGAGGAAUGGCGGCUCUACCUCGUUCCCACCCGCGCCGCCACCUUCCGCAACUGGCCCUUCACCGAGGGCUGCGCCUGCACGCCCGAGCGGAUGGCGGCGGCAGGUUUCGUGCACUGCCCCAGCGAGAACGGCCCCGACGUGGCGCAAUGCUUUUUCUGCUUCAAGGAGCUGGAGGGCUGGGAGCCCGACGAUGACCCGCUGGAGGAACACAAGAAGCACUCUGCGGGCUGUCCUUUCCUCUCCCUUCAGAAAGAUCCUACUAACCUGACACUGCAGGAGUUCCUGAAGCUGGACAAAGAACGAAUGAAAAAUGUAAUUAAAAAAGAAAUUUCUCAGAAGGUGACUGAGGUUGAAGAUGCAGCCAAGAACGUGCGUUGUGAAAUAGCAAAUCUGGUCUCCUAGACUACUAUAGCUUCUCACUUGCCAGUGACAUCUGUCUUGUGUGUGUGCUCUGACACUGCCACUUUGACUGAAUGGCUGUAUGUCCUGAGACUGCAUCUCUGUGAGAAGCAGGCUGAAUUCUCCUUCACUCACCUGAGUCUGUCUGGGAAGUACCUGGGGUUUGAUGCACUGCAUACGUAAUCUUUUUCUGCAGGGAUUCUCCUGUUCUUCCUGUUGUUUAAUUAAGGAUUACUACUCGUGGUUUUAUUUGGUUGGGUUUUUGUUGUUGUUGUUGGGUUUGGGUUUUUUUUUUUUAGACACAGCUGUUUCUAUUUUGGAGAUGCUGGUAGCUCUGGUGCAAAAACUUGUGUUUAUUGCAAGAGCUGUCAGGCACCUCCAUUUUUGUACUGAAUAUACCAAUGCUUUUUGAUACUUCUAGAAAUAAAAAGGGGAAGGAGUUUUAAAACUUCUUCAGGGAUUUAGGAUUGUGGCUAAUAAUGUCUAAUUAUACCAAACCUUAGUGUGCCUGGUAUCCUUGUAAACUUCUGUUUGUAGUUGGCUGCUGCCUCAUGUUGAUGCAUUUAUAAAUAAAAGUUGAAGGCAAAACAGCAAA